UCACUUGAAUGCUUGAUAAUGUUACCAUAAUAUGGCCUGCUCAAUGGAGGAAGGCAAACAGAAAUCUGAGCAAUGUGGCUCAUCCACAGUCUCUUCUUAAAAUGCCUCCAUGCCCUUAGAUUGCACUAACUAAGAGUGAACAGAUUGGGGAAAUGGGUGGCAAUCUCUAUAACACCAUAAGCAUUCCAACUUGAGGGACUAUAGCUACAACUGAUUUCUCAGUGACCCAACAGCAGCAUUACAGUAUAUAAUCUAUCCAGUUCUUGUUAGCUUGUACAGUACAUUCUCAGUUGGAGAAUGUGGGAAUGAAUUUGAGGUAAGAAUUUGAGAGCUUUAAAAUGGGAAAGAAGGGUACCUGGUUUACAGUGGUGAAGAGAGCAUUUCGAUUGUCUUCUAGAGGAAAUCAGAACAGUGGGGCGAAAUCUUCUCAAGAUUUGAAUGGAGAAGAGGAUAAGGCAAAGACAUGGGAAUCCAAGGAAAAAGCAGAGUCUCCAACAGAAGAUGCCAUUGCAAUGGCGGUGGCAAGUGCAACUGCAGCAGCGGUGGCUGCAGCUCGAGCUGCUGCAGAGGUGGUUCGACUAACGGGAGGAGCACAAUCUCAUUUCAUGAAGGAAGAGGCUGCCGCCAUUAAAAUACAAGCGGCCUUCAGAGGUUACCUGGCACGAAGGGCUUUACGUGCUCUGAAAGGGCUAGUGAGACUGCAAGCUGUGGUGAGAGGGCACAGCGUGAGAAAGCAGGUUCAUAUGACCAUGCGCUGCAUGCAAGCACUUUCUCGCCUACAGGGUCGUGUUAGAGCUCGGCGCCUUCAUAUGGCAAUGACAAUAGCACAACACCAAGCUCAGCCGCUUUACACAACUGCUCCCAAGCAAGAAGAGAAAGCCCCGACCUAUCCAUUUUCUCACAAGAUGUGGCGGUCAGGAGCAGGGCAAGGCUUCAAUCGGUGGAUAUCCCCAACGCAGCCAGCAUUGUCUCUUGAAAACAAGAAUCAUCAUCUUCAACUCAGUUUUCCUUCUCCACCUCGUUAUGGUACUCCUCCACGCUACAGGGGUGCUACACGUCCUCAUGACGACGACAAUCAUCAUCAUCUUUCUCCACCUCCACUUCGUUAUGGCGCUUCUUCGCGUUACAUGGGUACUCCCAAGUUGGUAUUUCCUCAUCUCACUUCUCAUUCUCCACCUCGCCAUGGUAGUGCUCCACGCUACAUGGCCGCCACACAGUCUGCCAGAGCCAAGACUCGUCUUCGAAUUUAGAUAACAGGAAGAAAUUACAUCAUCCAAGUAAACUUCCAUGGAGAUCGUAAGGCAAUCACCAUUGACAGAUCAGAUGCAACAGCACUUUGUUCUCUAGUAAAAGUAAGAAAAACAUGUUGUUGUCCAUAAAGGAAGUACUGUCCAGAGUGAAUCCUGGUUAUCACUUGGGGCAUUUUCUUAUAUUGGUUCUUUCCUCCGAGAUGAACUAGGUAAGACCGGAUAAACUAACCUUGAGCAUAUGCACAAAAUUCAUCAGACAAUGCAAAAGAUGGAGUGUUACCUAAGCUUUUAUCAGCUGUAAAUGUUCUUAAAGUUUAUCUGCUUUACCCAAUAUUAAAACAAGCUGUUGUACAUAAAUGAAAUAUAAUUUAUUUAAUAGUUUAAAAAGGGGAAAAAUUGUAAGAAUAAUUGAUUAGAAAGUUAUAAGCAUAUUGAUGACUGGUUGUUGAAAGA